AUGGCGUCUCUUGUUGCAGAAAAGACCCACAUCAUGAAGGAGGCGAACGGAUUUGAAACAGAAGAUCCUGACAGAAGGAAAUUGAAGAAAAUGACAUGCUUCCUGGGGAACAUGAUUGUUCCCAUAUGCACAGGGACUCACUGGUACCUUCUUGCAGUGGGACCAGAGCAUGCCUGGGUUCUCUGUUCCAUGGGAGGGCGGUACCGGGUGCUAGAGAGGAACAUAAAACGACUACUAGGAAAGACAUGUAUCUACCCUAAGGUUCCUAAACAGACAAAUGGCCGAGACUGUGGCGUGUUCACAGUGAUGUAUGCUGUGGGUCUACUGAAGGAAAGCAAUUGGAGCCAAAUACAGUGGCCAACACUCGUGUCAUCUGACAUAGAAGACACGGGGAGACAGCUCAUACAACACACAUUAAUGAAAUGGUGCUGUUGAAUACAAACGUGAGUAUGCCAGAAAAGGAAAACAAUUUAUACAUAUAUAACAUUAUGUUUCUUUGUAAAAACAUCUCUAUUCAUAGUCAAUCAAUAUUAAAACCCUAAAUGUGUUGGUGUUGCUA